GAAGACUGGGGAGGGAGAGAUGGCAGACAUUGCAAUCGCUGCAGUAAUCCGAAAAGUAAUCGACAUACUUGGUAAUCUAGUCCUCGAAGAAGCAAUUCGUUGGUACAGAUUGCGCGAGCAUGUCGAAUGGAUCGAGAGAGAGCUCAGACGGAUGCAAUCCUUCUUAAAAGAUGCAGACGCCAAGCAAGAAGGAGAUUAUAGAGUCAAGAACUGGGUGCAAGAUGUGCGGGAUCUCGCCCACGACUCGGAGGACAUCAUCGACGCAUUUCUCCUCAAAAUUAUACGCAAUCAAAGGAGGAGGAAGGGGUGUGCUAUCUUUCUUCGGAGGUCCAUCUGCAUCUUCUGUGAUCAUGCGACUACCCAUGAGUUCACCAUGGAGAUCGAAAAGCUCAAGAGAAGAGUGGAAGAUAUCAAACGGAGCAGGGACACUUAUGGCAUUGGAAACCUUGGCAGUGGAGGAGCAGAAGGGGCAAAUAGUGAGCAUGACAGGCAAAUUUUUUCUCAGUUUGAUAAACCAGAAGUUGUUGGACUUGAGAAUGAGAUCAACUCAUUGGUGGGGAGAUUGCUGGAUGAGAGUAUUCAUUCUUGCGUAAUCGCCAUCGUCGGAAUGGGUGGUUUGGGUAAGACUACCAUCACUAAGAAAAUUUAUAAUGAUGUUAAAGAAAAUUUUGUUUGUUGCGCUUGGGUUUAUGUAUCUCAAAAGCCUAGACCAGCCAGAGAAAUAUUGCAAGAUAUAGGAAAGCAAGUAGGACUUAAUAAACAGGAAUGGGAGGAGAAUGUGGAGGAGAACCUCCUCAGAUUUUUACAAGACAAGAGGUAUGUAAUUGUUCUUGAUGAUCUGUGGGCGAAUCAAGUAUGGGAUAAUCUUAAUGUCGUUUUUCCAAAAGGUGCAAAUGGUAGCAGAAUAAUUCUUACCACCCGCAUCAUAGGUGUAGCCAAACAUGCAGCCCCAUGUAGCCCUGUUCAUACGCUUAGAUACCUAAACCAAGAAGAAAGUUGGGAGCUCUUCUCCAGGAAGGUUUUCCCUGGACAAACUAAUGCAAGUGGUAGAUUCCUCCAAGGCUUAGAAGAUUUGGAAGAUUUGGGAAGAAAAAUUGUAGGAAAAUGUGGUGACUUGCCACUUGCCAUUGUGGUAAUGGGAGGUCUUUUAUCAUUGAAAGAAAGAACAUACCCUGUGUGGUCCAGAGUAUUAGGGAGCAUGGGAGAAGCUCCCCAAAACCAAUAUGGCAAGGCAUUGCAAUUGAGUUACAAUGAUUUACCCUCCAACCUAAAACCUUGCUUUCUCUAUUUUGGCCUGUUCCCAGAAAACCAUGAAAUUCCUGUAAGAAGAUUGAUCAAUUUGUGGGUGGCUGAAGGAUUUGUACAGCCUCGUGGGAGACUUACACUAGAAGAUGCAGCAGAAGAAUAUCUGGAUGAUCUAAUCCUUAGGAACUUGGUUCAACCAGUGAAAAGGGGCUUUGAUGGUAGAAUGAAAACUUGCUGCAUUCAUGAUCUUUUGCAUGAAUUUUGCAUUUCAAAAGCCAAGGAGGAUAAUUUCUUUUAUGUAUGUGAUGGUUUAUACAAUGCAGAUGCUAGAAUGCGUAGGCUUGUCACCUAUCAUAGUCUUUGUGAAUGCAUUUCUCUAAAAUGGUCUACUGACAGGCACCGUUCUCUGCUUUGCUUUGAAGGAGGAAAUCUUGAAAGAAAACAACUGGAAUUUAUUUAUUAUGGUUUCAGAUUUCUUAGAGUGUUGAAUCUUGAAGGAGUACAGUCCCAAUGCCAGCUUCCCGAUGAAAUUGGAGAUCUCAUCUUUUUGAGGUACUUCGCAUUGAGAAACACCGGGUUCACAAGGAUUCCAUCCACAAUGGGUAAACUCAAGUACCUGCAAACUUUGGAUAUUCAAAGCACAAAAUGCUUCUGCAUUCCUAGUGUUAUUUGGAAAAUGAAACAAUUAAGACAUAUCAUCCUGGGUACACCUACAGAAUUUAAAAAUCCGUUCAAACGUAGCUACCCUAUUAAGUACCGGAAGCCAUCUGUUAAUAAGGUAUCUCUAACAAACCUCCAAACUCUAUGGAUGAUACCUGGUCAUGCUUUGGAUGCAGAUUGGCUUUGCAAGUUUACAAAUUUGAGGAAAUUGGGGAUUUAUGGUGACGUCAAAUUACAUGCCAAGGUAUUGUCCAACUCAAAGCCCAUAUCAGAGCACCUGGAAAACUUGCAGUUGGAGGGACAAGAUAUUGCAUCUCCUGUUUACACUGGUAUUUCAGAUUUGGUUAUUUCACGCUAUGAAAACCUUCGUAAAGUUUAUCUUGGUGGAAAAUUAGAGAAGCUUCCCAACCACGAUGAAUUUCCAGCAAAGCUCACCAAACUUUCAUUGUUCGGCUCUAGAUUAAAUGAAGACCCAAUGGCAACACUGGCAUGGCUGCCGAGGCUAAGGAUAUUAAAAUUAGAUGAGGCUUCUUACCUAGGAGUGAAAAUGGCCUGUUCUGAGGCAAGCAGGUUUCAACAACUUGAAGUCUUAACACUUAGAACCUUGCCUAACUUAGAGGAGUGGAGAGUGGAUGAAAUAGCUCUACCAAAACUUAGAAUCCUGACAAUCAGUAGUUGCAGAAAAUUGAAUAUGCUUCCAGAUGGAUUGAAGAAUGUGUCUACCCUCACUAAGCUUAUUAUUGAGAUGCCAGAGGAAUUCAAUAGAAGGCUUCAGCAAAAUGGAGAGUUCCGGGAUAAUAUUAGACAUGCAACCACUGUUAUUAGGCAGUGCCAAUAAGUUUGCACAGAUAGAGACAGGCAUGAGGUAAGGUAAAUUUAUUUAUGAAGAAAAGAUAAUCAUACAAGAAUUGGGGAAACCACAAGCCAGUUCACCCCCAAAGGAUAUGAUCAUAGCUCCCACAAACUAACUGAGCUAAGCAUCACAAACAUGUUCUGAUUACAAAACUCAGGGAUGAUAGAAAGCCAAGAAGCAAGUCUGGCCACAAUACACUGGAUUAACACCUCAGAUUCUGAUGGAGUUGAAAUCCAUGGUGCUCAUGGUUACCUACUUGGCAAGUUCAUGAAAGACUAAGUCAAUAACAGAAACAAUCAAUAUGGUGGGAACCUAGAAAGCCACUGUCACUUCCCUCUAAAAGUAGUUGAGGUCAUUGUUGAUGAGAUAGGAGCUGAUAAAGUUGGGAUGAGGCUCUCUCCUUUUGCCAGCCAUAUGAAGUCAGGGGACUCAGCCCCAGAUGCCCAGGGGCUUUACAUGGUUGCGGCCCUUAACAAAUUUGGGAUUCUGUACCGCCACAUGAUUGAGAGUUGAGACAAGGUUAAAGACUGCUGGAGAGAAGUGUGAAGUCCCCAUAGUUUUCUACCCAUGAGAAGGUGCCAAGAGUACUUUUAUUGCUGCAGGGGCCUAUGAUAGAGCAGAAGGCAAUAAAGCCAUUGCAAAUAAUUAUGCAGAUCUUGUUGCUUAUGGCCGUCAUCUAUUCUUAGCCUCCAGAUUUGCCAUGGAAGUUUGAGCUUCAUGCUCCUCUUGACAAGUAUAAUAGAAAAACAUUCUACAUAUCUGGUCCUGUUAUUGGUUACGCCGACUAUCCAUUUCUGCAAUCUACCACUUAGAAGUUAGAACUUGGAAAUAUAAGAGAAAGGAUGCAGGAUUUAUGUUAUAAUAACUGCCCUUUUCUUAAAUCCACAACUCUGAUUUUGAAUUGAGCUUCCAAACACAAUGUAGAGAUGUAUUAUUAAUUCAUUACUAUUUCUUUUCUUGUUUGGUGGUGAAAGUGCAGUAGAUUUGAUUGAAAUAA